AUAAAUUGUUCAUACUACUUCCCAACUGUCAUCACAUCGUUUGUUCUCUUCAUCGACUAGCUUGGAGUGUCGAUCAUUACUCGGCUAAACAUGGAGCGUACGACGUUUCGUAUUCUGAUGGUGGCGACGUUCCUCCUAAUGCUGAUAGUUAUUAUAGAUGGGGACAGAAACUUCCAAGAUCAUCAGAGAGUAAGAAAACAUACAGAUGGUGAGAGCAGUAGUGGAUCGCCCAGCAACGAACAAUCAGGAAGUAAAGGAAGCGGCAGUGACAAGUCUAGCGACGAAAAAUCAGAAAGUAAAGGGAGCGGCAGUGACAAGUCUAGCGACGAAAAAUCAGAAAGUAAAGGGAGCGGCAGUGAAAAGUCUAGCGACGAAAAAUCAGAAAGUAAAGGGAGCGGCAGUGACAAGUCUAGCGACGAAAAAUCAGAAAGUAAAGGGAGCGGCAGUGACAAGUCUAGCGACGAAAAAUCAAGCAGUAGUGGGAGCAGCAGUAACAAGACCAGCGACGAAAAAUCAGAAAGUAGUGGGAGCGGCAGUGACAAGUCUAGCGACGAAAAAUCAAAAAGUAGCAGCAGCAGCAGCAGCAAGUCCUCCUCAGGAAGUAGUGAGAGUGGCAGUGGGUCAAAAUCUAAAUCCAGGAGUAAAAGUGGAAGCAGUUCUGGAAGUGAUAGUGGAGAGCCUGACGAAUGCUUCGAUGGAAUCUGUCCCUGCGAUUGCAUUGAUGACAAUGAUGCACCUGGUACUGGACCAGACUUCAACUGUUCUGAGGAUGAAGACCAAUGUAGUAUGCUCAUGUAUUACCUGAAGAUGGUAUUGCUGCGUUUAAUCAGUGUGAUCGAUAUGUGGCGGGCACAACUCUUUGCCCUCAGAUGCUACUUAGUUGAUUACAUUGAUUACUUGAAAGACGCUGAUUGUGAACAGGUUCUCUGUGCCAUUACCACAGGUCUCAAAGAUAUUCUGGCAUAUCUGUGUAUCUAUUAUUAAGUGGUGUUGUAAUUAGAGCUGUGUACGUAAAAAGCUCAUAAUACAUUAUUGAUGUUCUCUAACCAAAUGAAUGUAUCUCUUAUAUUGUUAGCAAACAAACCUCAGAUAGACCUUUGAACACACAUUCAUCUACCACUUCAGUGCCUACCAAUUCCUAUACAUAAUGGCCUAAUCAUAAUUUAAUUUUGAAGAACUAAGUAUAAUACGUAUAUUAUAAUUUGAAAGAUUGCAUACUAAAACAGGUUGGCGCUUUGAGAGUGAAAAAAUCAAAUGCAUGAAGGAUGGUUUGAACUGAAGUGAUUUUGUACUUGUUAGUGGCUAUGUUCAAUAAAGUUUAUUAAAGCCCCACA